GCAGCAGCGGGCUGUAAAAAGGCAACAUGUCGACCUCGGACUGUCUUCGGUCCGGAGUCGACUUCAUUGAAUUCUUGGGGGACAGAAAAUUCAACAGCAGAAGCAAACAGGAUCUUCGGGACAUCUACAACCUGGAAUUUAAGCCCAGGCUGACAAGAAACAAGCGUGUGACACUAGCAGGUGUUGGACCCUCCUGUGUACAAUCCAACUACACCACCUUGUGUGUUUCUUUUGACAGAGAAGGAAUAAGGGACCCCGAGUUUUCAAAGGUUCUCGAUGCUCUUGUGAAAGCCAAAAAGGUCUACUUAAAGCAGGGGCUCGUCUACAUCGACGUCAAACCAGAGGUUCGAAGGUACUGUCCCCAGUGGAGGAGGACCCGGGACCCUCAGCCUCCACACAGCCUCGGCCUCGGCCCCAAUAAGACAGACGAGACACCUGCAGCCUCCUCUAGCCCCUCAUCCCCCCUGAACCCUGUUCUGACCACAGAGGAUAACCUUAAGAAAAUCCUUAACAAGUUAAAGGUUAACAGGGAAGAGUUGACAGCUGACAAGGGGGGCAUCCAGAUCACUUCAGACCCUGCUGCAAGUGGAGGAAAGGUCACGUUCACUGUGGACCGUCUGGGGGAGUCUUUCACUGUCACGUUCAAAAUCCUUAACAAGGGCACAAACUACGUCAACUUCACUUUCUACACUGCCCUGCACAAGACCCACUGUUUCACUCUGAGGGACGAGAGGAAAGUGACUCGAGCCUGUCCAGUCUUCCUCUGUCCUGAACGUUUCGGAAACCUGACCCGUUCUGUUGGACGGCCUCCCAAGAUGGCAGUGAGAUUAAGAGAAUACAGAUGCCCACCACACCUUAAGGAACUGGCUAAACGAAGGAUGAAGUACACAAAGAAUCUCUCUUACGAUGCCAGGUCGAGACUCCCAUCAGUGACGCAUCUUCUCACCUCUGGUCUAAACACGAAGACAUACUCUCGCCUAUUCCAUCUCCUGCUGCACCUGGAAGAGAUAACGAUGGAGGUGGAUAGCAGGAAGUAUGACCUCUCCGAUCAAACCAUGACUCAAGACAAAAGCAACAAACAGCAGUUCAAACUCUGUGUUCCCGGUGUUGCUGAGAAUCCACCGUCUGUACUAAAAGGAGAUAUCAUAAUGGUGUCUAACUCUGACGACACGGUCCAGCCGAGCACCAAAUACUACUACGGAAAGGUGUUCAAAGUAGAACUGGACAGCGUGAUAUUGGACUUCCCUAAGUGGUUCCUGCUGAUUUUUAGAAGCGACAUGAAGUUCAACGUGGAGUUUCCGUUCAACCGGUUGACCUUGCAGUUGCAGCAUCGUGCCGUGGACUUGGCAGACCAACAUCACCUCAAAAAGGUGCUGUUCCCGUCUGGAGCAGCAGCAGCUGAAUGCUUCCUGCCUAAACUCAGGAUGUUCAAUCGUCAGCUGGAAAACAACCCGCAGCAAUCUUCUGCAGUCCAGCACAUCGUAGCCGGGUCAUCAAAGCCUGCUCCUUACCUCGUGUUUGGACCUCCUGGAACUGGAAAGACAAUCACGCUGGUGGAAGCCAUGAAUCAGGUCAGAAAGAAGGACUCGUCAGCCCACAUCCUCGCCUGUGCCCCUUCAAACAACGCGUGUGACCUCCUCUGUGAGAGACUGAUGGUCCAUAUGGCUCAUCAUCAGGUUUACCGUCUGUACGCCAAGAACCAUGACCCCAGAACUAUCCCGGAACAACUACGGAAACACUGCAACUGGGACCCGGCUCAACAUGAUUACAUGUUUCCGGAUGCAUCUUUUCUAAUGAACUUCAGAGUCAUAGUUACGACCAUGUUCACAGCUGGCAGGCUGGUGUCGAAAGGAGUCCCAGUUGGCCAUUUCACUCACGUGUUCUUGGAUGAGGCAGGCCAGGCAGAAGAGCCGCAGUGCAUCAUUGCUGUUGCAGGUCUGCUUUCUGCAAAGACGGGUCAGCUGGUACUGGCAGGAGAUCCCAAGCAGCUGGGGCCGAUGAUUCGCUCCCGUCUGGCUCUGAACCAUGGACUCGGAAUUUCUCUGCUCGAGAGACUGAUGACACAGAAUGAUUUAUACAAGAUUGACUCCGGACAGUUUGACCCCCGCUUCAUGAUCAAACUCCUGCGAAACUACAGGUCCCAUCCUGACAUUCUGAAAAUCCCCAAUGAGAAGUUCUAUGAUAAUGAACUGCAGGCGUAUGCUGACCGUUCUGAGCGAGAGGCUUACUGCCGCUGUGAUACAUUUACCGAAAAGGGUUUCCCGGUGAUCUACCACGGAGUGAUGGGGAAAGACCAAAGAGAGGGCAACAGUCAAUCUUUCUUCAAUGAGUCUGAGAUCAACACUCUGAAGGACUACCUCCACAAACUGAUCGACACACAGGGAAAGAACGGUCUCCCUAAAGUCUCUGCAAAAGAUAUUGGCAUUAUCGCCCCGUACAGGAAGCAAGUGGAGAAAAUCCGAAAGGCGCUGAAGUCCGACUCAAAUCUCCGUGAGUUGGGUGAUCUCACCGAGCUCAAGGUGGGGUGUGUGGAGGAGUUUCAGGGACAGGAGAGGAAGAUCAUCAUGGUCUCGACUGUCCGCAGCAGCAACAGCUAUGUCAAGAUGGACCAAAACUACAACAUUGGAUUUCUGGCCAAUAAUAAGAGAUUCAACGUGGCCAUCACCAGAGCAAAGUCCCUGUUGAUAGUGGUGGGAAACCCUGUGAUCUUCAGCAAGGAACCCACCUGGAGCGGGUUCAUCGACUUCUGUGUGAAGAAUGGGGGAUACAGAGGAUGUGUCUUUAAAAAACCAGAUGGAGAGGCGGACCUUUCGGCAAAACUGUUAAGCCUGAAAAUCCACGUAGAUUCUGAACAUCCUGUGUCAGAGGAGAGCGCCCUCGAGCAGAAAGAUGAGCUUUAAAAUCUCCAUGAAACAUCGGAUGCAAAGAACCAUUCCAGUGAAACCUUCAACACAUUGAAGUGCAUAUGAAUAUAAAGCAAGUGUCUGUAUUUCAUUUCUUCUCUUUUGGCUUUCAACACAAAAUGAGCAUCUAUGACUGAAGAAUAUUUCCUUUCAUUCACUUUUUUGAAAGCAGUUUGCAUAUUUUGUUACAAAGAUUUUUUUGGUGCUCUGAUUUGAUCAACAAACAUUUCGUUGACCACUUUUCUAUUUGUCUCUGCAGUAGCUUGUUGAUAAAGCUGCAGUAAAACUCAUCAGCAGGAAUAUUUCUGCACACAACCCUCACAACCCUCGUGUUUGAGAAUCUAAGGAGUAGUUUGUUGUUCUUCUGCAUUUGUCUUACUCCUGUUUGCUCUUAGCAAGUUCCUAUCUUUAUAGCAUUCCUUUUAGUCUGCAGUUUAAGCCUGACUGAGUAAUAAACUGUUUUCUACUCUUA